GAUCUCCUUGUCUUAGCAUCUAGAGCAGCUGGACUUUCAAACUGUGCCACGCCACACCCUCGUCGAAAAUGAAACUCCUGAAGUUGAUAAAAGAGCAGCGAGCAGUCAGUGCUACACAACACCAGACAGAAGGAUGUCUCGCCGCAGGUGCACACCAAAACCUGGAGACCUGAUUGAGAUUCCUCGCAAAAUCUGCACUCAGACCAUCUACGCUCACUGGGCUAUCUACGUGGGAGACGGUUAUGUGAUUCACCUGGCUCCCCCAAGUGAAUUUGCAGGAGCUGGUUUUUGCAGCAUCAUGUCUGUCGUGGCUGACAGAGCCAUCGUGAAGAAGGAGUUGCUGUCCCAAGUGGCCGGGACCGAUGGCUACCGGGUCAACAACAAAUACGAUGACAAAUAUCCACCGCUACCUGUCACCAAAGUCAUCAAGCAGGCCCUGAAGCUGGAGGGGAAGGAGCUGCCGUAUUCCCUGACCAGCAAGAAUUGUGAGCAUUUUGUGACGCAGUUGCGCUAUGGAGUUCCUAUCUGCGAACAGGUCGAAGAUGCAGUCACAAAAGUAUCUGUGGGAGCAGGCAUCCUGGCUGGCCUAGCAUUAAUUGGGAUCGUGAUGUCCCGAAGGCAGCGCGAAAGGCAGUAAACCCGAGGCACUAUCUUGAUGAUGACUGCUAACAGGCGGGAAUCUUACUUAGGCAUUCGUAGGAGGGUUUGCUUUAUGGAUUUCACUCUCUUGUGAUGGUGGAUUUAUUUUGGUAAAUCUCAGUAAAAGCAUAGCAAAAUUUUAUUUGAGGGAAUAUCUAAUUGAAUGUGAAUUUUUUUGGCUGUUCAAAUUAAUUUCUUUAUUGGGUUUAAAAAUUUCUUUAGUGAAUAGUAAUAUGUAAAACGUUAGGUAUUUGUUUGAUCAGAUCUGGGAAAAUCUCCAUCAAAUGUUUGCACGUUCAUACUGUAAAGGGUCAGGGUAUCAAUAUCUCCUUUUUGUGCAACGUCUGAUUGUCUAUUGAUUUGACACUUUUCAACCUAUUUGUGGCUGACAUUCUUGUUACCUUGUGUCAGAUCAGCUUUGACUGUGUCAGUAUUUAAUGUCAAAUCAGGCUUUUCUACCAUAUUUAUGUGAUUCACUAUAUUGCACUAAUUGGAUUAUCAAAUAAUUCACAGACCUUUGUUACUUUUAUGUGAACGUUCUCUCCUUUUCAUAAUGGAUUUUGCUAUGGUAUAAUUUCCAGCUUUUGCCGCAAUUUGCAUCUCAGUGUCAGAAUAAUUUACAUUGAAAUUAUAGUUCAUUUAAUCUUGAUUUUCAUAUUUCAUGAACUUUAUUGUUGGCAUUUUUAACCCUUUAAUAAAAAUUUUAACUGACUUUAAUGAUAAAUGAAA